CCGGGCGCUACUGUACAGACUGCGUAUCAGUGGCAGGGAGACCGGGAUGGCCCGACGCUGCUGGAAAUACACGUUAAGAAAAAAUAAUUCCGUUUAAAAGAUUUUUUUAUUUUUAUUUCUGACCAGCUUGUUUGCUUGGCAUUUAUUCGAGAUGACUGGGAUCAAAGGAAAAAGUUCUGCAGCUCUGUCGCUUUCAACUUCGAACAGCUAACGAAGCUACCUGAUGUGGUUAGCCUAGCUAUCUACUACGUAUUUCUUUUUACGAACUAAGUUUUUCGGUCUGCGCAUUUUUCGUAUUUUAUGUUUUCCUUAUUUUUUGUUUGUUUUAACGGCGUACUUAGUUGCGUAAAGAUGAGUGCUUCUUUUGAGAGGCUACGAUUAAAGCUAAUUAGCUAAAGUUAGCUUGUUGUGGCUAGGUGGAAGCUAACGUUGCCGGGCCGGACAGCAACUUCAAAGGCGAAGUUUUGCGAAGCCAAAAGAACCGUGCGGUGGCUCGAAGGCAGUUCCCCUUGCUGAAAGGCCUCAACUCGCAGCCAUGUUUGAAGUUGAGACCCAUAUAUCGUGCCUUUUCCCGGAAAUUCUGGCCAUUAUUUUCAGUUAUAUGGACGUUAAAGACAAAGGGAGAGUAGCACAAGUGUGCACGGCCUGGAGGGACGCGUCCUACCACAAGUCUGUGUGGAGGGGGGUGGAAGCCAAGCUCCACCUGCGACGAGCAAACCCGUCUCUGUUCCCUAGCUUGCAGACCAGGGGGAUAAAAAAAGUUCAGAUCCUCAGUCUGAGGCGAAGUCUGAGUUAUGUCAUCCAAGGAAUGCCGCACAUCGAAAGCCUUAACCUCUGUGGAUGCUUCAACCUCACAGACAAUGGUCUCGGACAUGCCUUUGUGCAGGACAUCCCGUCCCUGCGGCUCCUCAACCUCAGCCUGUGCAAACAGAUCACUGACUCCAGCUUGGGCAGAAUUGCGCAAUACCUCAAAAACCUGGAGGCGCUUGACCUGGGAGGAUGCAGCAACAUCACAAACACGGGCCUGCUGCUGAUUGCCUGGGGGCUGCACAAACUCAAGAGCCUCAACCUGCGCAGCUGCAGGCAUGUGUCCGACGUGGGCAUCGGACACAUAUCCGGGAUGACUCGCAGCGCUGCGGAAGGGUGCCUGUCCCUGGAGAAGUUAACCCUGCAGGACUGCCAAAAGCUCACGGAUCUGUCUCUCAAACACGUCUCCAAGGGCCUCAACAAGCUCAAAGUGCUCAACCUCAGCUUCUGUGGAGGCAUAUCAGAUGCAGGCAUGAUCCACCUGUCCCACAUGGCCCACCUGUGCAGCCUGAACCUGAGGUCAUGUGAUAACAUCAGCGACACCGGGAUCAUGCAUCUGGCCAUGGGCUCUCUCCAGCUGUCUGGGCUUGAUGUCUCCUUCUGUGAUAAGAUCGGAGACCAAAGCCUGGCCUACGUUGCCCAGGGGCUGUAUCAGCUCAAGUCCCUGUCGCUGUGCUCCUGUCACAUCAGUGACGACGGCAUCAACAGGAUGGUGCGGCAGAUGCACGAACUCAAGACUCUGAACAUUGGGCAGUGUGUGCGAAUCACUGACAAAGGGUUGGAGCUGAUCGCAGACCACUUGACCCAGCUGACAGGGAUCGAUCUGUAUGGUUGUACCAAGAUCACCAAGAGGGGCCUGGAGAGGAUAACACAGCUCCCAUGCCUUAAAGUGUUGAACCUGGGACUGUGGCAGAUGACUGACAGCGAGAGAGUGAGAUGACAUUUCCUGUAUUUUGUUCAGAGAGAGUCUGCUUUAAUCCAUCCAUUAUUUGACUUCUUAAACUGUGACUUCAUUAGAAGAGGGACUCACUGGAACAAUUCUACUCCAUUUAAUCUGCCUUUGGUUUGGUCAUGUUCUCUUGUUUUUUUUUUGGUUAAAUCACCAUCUGUGCACAUUUCUGUCUUGCUACCUCACCUGUUCAACAGGAGUGCCUAUAGUCACUGAACACAAGGUAAGACUGUGUACUCUAACAUUCAAAGGAAGUUUUAUUUCAAAAGGCCAGAGAUUUUCUUAAAAUGUUAGUUUUAAUCUUUUUUUUUCUACUCGAGUGUGUAUAAAUAAUUUUUACGUUAAAUGACUAAAUUGUACUUCAAAUUGAAGUGAGUAGUUGGCACCUGUCUCCUUGUUUACCUGUGUACAGUGGGUUGUUUUAUAUUCCCGAGGAAGUAAUAUAUGUAUUGUUUUGUACUCUUGUCUACAGUAAGGUGUAGUGAUGAACAGCUUCUGAGACUUAUAUGCAAUACUGAAAAACUUCAUCUUUUUUUUUUAAUCUGAAGAGCUUCCAUUAAUAAUAAGAGUAUAUGUUUAAGAAAACAGUAAUUAAAGACAUUUUAUAUUCAUACUGUAGUGAUAUUUAUGAAUAAAGAUUCUAAAUAUA